AUGCUGGUCUAUGUGGUGUUUAGAGAUAAGCUGGUCUAUGUGGUGUUUAGUGAUAAGCUGGUCUAUGUGGUGUUUAGUGAUAAGCUGGUCUAUGUGGUGUUUAGUGAUAAGCUGGUCUGUGUGGUGUUUAGAGAUAAGCUGGUCUGUGUGGUGUUUAGUGAUAAGCUGGUCUAUGUGGUGUUUAGUGAUAAGCUGGUCUGUGUGGUGUUUAGUGAUAAGCUGGUCUAUGUGGUGUUUAGAGAUAAGCUGGUCUGUGUGGUGUAUAGUGAUAAGCUGGUCUAUGUGGUGUAUAGUCCACAUAGACCAGCUUAUCUGUUUAGAGAUAAGCUGGUCUAUGUGGUGCAUAGUGAUAAGCUGGUCUAUGUGGUGUAUAGUGAUAAGCUGGUCUAUGUGGUGUUUAGUGAUAAGCUGGUCUAUGUGGUGUUUAGUGAUAAACUGGUCUUUGUGGUGUAUAGUGAUAAGCUGGUCUGUGUGGUGUUUAGUGAUAAACUGGUCUAUGUGGUGUUUAGUGAUAAGCUGGUCUGUGUGGUGUUUAGUGAUAAGCUGGUCUAUGUGGUGUUUAGUGAUAAGCUGGUCUUUGUGGUGUAUAGUGAUAAGCUGGUCUGUGUGGUGUUUAGUGAUAAGCUGGUCUAUGUGGUGUUUAGAGAUAAGCUGGUCUGUGUGGUGUAUAGUGAUAAGCUGGUCUAUGUGGUGUUUAGUUGCCAAUGA